GAGGCGUGCUGCACAUUGGUCGGGCUACUUUUCUGACGACACACCAACAAUCGCCAACCUGUGGAUAGGGCGCGCGCCGUGCUCCGUUGUCUCCACUGCCACCCUCUCCCCUCUUGACACCGAGCCCGACCCCUAGGAAAUCCAGGACGCAUGAACUGGGAGAGGGUGCCGGUUCGAUUCCCGCACGGAGGAGAGGAACCGAAAGAAAGUUGAGGGGGUCGUGCGCCACCUCCGCUUCAUGAAUGGCCGGAACAUGGAGGAGAUGCCAUUCGAAAGAGUCAAGACCCGGCGGAGGAAGGGUCACUGCCCGGCCGGUGCACCCCUGGGCGCCAUCGCCUGCGAGGACGAGUUCAACAGCCAGGAGCUGGAGGCUCUCUUCCAGAACUACAACCUGAAGCUGGAGCAGACCGCCACCCUCAAAGCGCUGGCGGUGCUCAUCGUGGCCACGUCGUCGCUGUCCCUGGUGGAGCUGCUGUCCAGCCCGCGUCUCACCUUGUCCAAGGGCUCCUACCCCGUGCACUGCGUGGUGUUCCUGUCGCUGUUCAUCGUCACCAACGUCAAAUACCUGCAGGUGACGCAGCUGCAGCAGAUCGCGAAGCUGGCGCUGCUGUUCAGCUUCACCUUCGCGCUGCUCUGCUGUCCGUUCCCGCUGGCGCUCGGCACGUCGGAGCUGUUGAGCGCCGCUGCCCCUGAGCAAGGCGUGUGGCAGCUCAUGCUGGUCACCCUCGUGGCUUACGUGCUGCUGCCGGUGCGGACGCUGCUGGCGGUGCUGUUCGGGGUGAUGCUGGCCGCAUCCCACUUCAUUGUCAUAGCGACGUCGUUCCCGGGAAGGAAACAGAAGCUGUGGAGACCGCUGGUGGCCAACGCCGUGCUCUUCACCAGCGUCAACUUGUCCGGGGUGUUUGUGAGGAUUCUCACCGAGCGCACCCAGAGGAAAGUCUUCCUGCAAGCCCGCAACUGCAUCGAGGAGCGGCUGAGGCUGGAGGAUGAGAACGAGAAGCAGGAGCGUCUGCUAAUGAGCCUACUUCCCAGGAAUGUUGCCAUGGAGAUGAAGGAGGACUUCCUGAAGCCGCCUGAGCGGAUCUUUCACAAGAUCUACAUCCAACGUCAUGACAAUGUCAGCAUCCUGUUUGCGGACAUUGUGGGUUUUACCAGCUUGGCGUCUCAGUGUACUGCCCAGGAACUGGUCAAACUGCUCAACGAACUCUUUGGCAAGUUUGAUGAGCUGGCUACAGAGAAUCACUGCAGGCGGAUAAAGAUCCUGGGGGACUGUUACUAUUGUGUGUCUGGACUGACCCAACCCAAGGCAGACCACGCCCACUGCUGUGUGGAGAUGGGACUGGACAUGAUUGACACAAUAGCGUCGGUAGUGGAGGCGACGGAGGUGGAUCUGAACAUGCGUGUCGGUCUGCACACAGGGCGGGUGCUGUGUGGCGUGCUGGGCCUCAGGAAAUGGCAGUAUGACGUCUGGUCAAACGAUGUCACACUGGCAAAUGUGAUGGAGGCUGGAGGCCUGCCUGGCAAGGUGCACAUCACAAGGACCACCCUGGAGUGUCUGAACGGAGACUACGAGGUGGAGCCGGGCUUCGGCCACGAGAGACAUGCCUUCCUUCAGAAACAUCACAUAGAGACAUUUUUCAUCGUGCCAUCACACAGACGCAAAAUCUUUCCAGGUCUCAUUCUGUCAGACAUCAAACCAGCCAAGAGGAUGAAGUUCAAGACGGUGUGCUACCUGCUGGUGCAGCUGAUGCACUGUCGGAAGAUGUUCAAGGCCGAGAUCCCCUUCUCCAACGUCAUGACCUGCGAGGAUGACGACAAGCGGCGAGCCCUGAGGACUGCGUCAGAGAAGCUGAGGAGUCGGACGUCCUUCUCGGGCGCCGCCGUGCAACACUCGCCGGGAACACGAGUCAACCGCUACAUUGGGCGGCUCAUCGAGGCGCGGCAGACCGAGUCCGAGACAACAGACCUCAACUUCAUCACCCUGUUCUACAGGAGCAGAGACAGGGAGCGCAGGUAUCAUCAGGUGUAUGACGACCAUUUCAUCAGUGCGGUGGUUCUCUCUCUGAUCCUUGCUGCCCUGUUUGGCCUUAUCUAUUUGCUAAUGAUCCCGCAGGGGAUGCUGGUGCUGCUGCUGCUGGUGCUGUGUGUGUGUUUCCAUGUGGCCUGUGUCAUGUAUCUGCAUCUCACCAGUGUUCAGUGCCAACCGGGUUGCCUCACUAUCCAGAUCCGAACAGUGCUGUGUGUCUUCCUCGUUCUGCUAACCUACUCUGUUACACAGGCCUGUGUGGUCGGCUGUGUUCCUUGGGGGAUAUUUGGGACAAACUCCAGCCUCUCAGUGGAGGACGUCCCUGCAGACGACAACAGCACGGUAUCGGACAGAGCUUGUACCAACAUGGCGUACGCGCUGCUAUCCUGCGUAGCCGGCACCCUCACUCUUGUCCCCUACCUCCGGGUCUCCUCGCUCCCCAAGAUCCUACUGCUCCUCCUCCUCUCUGUCACCUACACGGUCGUAAUGGAGACCAGUGGCUAUCGCCAAGCUGUGGGAGGAGGGUUUUUACACACACGCGGGUAUGAUCCUGUGCUGGCUGCCUUGCUGUUUUCUGGAGCUCUGGCUCUGCAUUCAAGACAGCUGGACUUAAAGCUGCGGCUCGACUAUCUCUGGGCUACUCAGGCAGAGGAGGAGAGAGGGGACAUGGAGAAGGUGAAGCUGGACAACAAGAGGAUCCUGUUCAACCUGCUGCCAGCCCAUGUGGCUCAGCACUUCCUCAUGUCAAACCCCAGGAACAUGGAUCUCUACUACCAGUCCUACGCUCAGGUCGGGGUGUUGUUCGCAUCAAUCGCCAACUUCAACGACUUCUACAUUGAGCUGGACGGGAACAACAUGGGCGUCGAGUGUCUCAGGCUGCUCAAUGAGAUCAUCGCUGACUUUGAUGAGCUGAUGGACAGAGAGUGCUACAGGGAUAUUGAGAAAAUCAAGACUAUUGGCAGUACAUACAUGGCUGCAGUAGGGCUGGUUCCUACAACUGCCUCCAAGGUAAAAAAGUCCAUCACCUCACAUUUAUGCACAGUGUCAGAUUUUGCCAUCGAUAUGUUUGACGUCCUGGAUGCCAUCAACUACCAGUCUUACAAUGACUUUGUCCUCAGAGUAGGUAUCAAUGUAGGACCAGUGGUGGCUGGAGUGAUUGGAGCCAGAAGACCUCAGUAUGACAUCUGGGGAAACACAGUGAAUGUAGCUAGCAGAAUGGACAGCACUGGAGUACAAGGAAAGAUACAGGUGACAGAAGACGUUCAUCGUCUCAUCACAGACUACUACAACUUUGUCUGCCGGGGCCAGGUCAGCGUGAAGGGCAAAGGUCAGAUGCUCACAUACUUUCUGGAAGGGCGCAGGCAGGGCAGCAAGCCGUCUCACAUCCAACAGCAGCCCGGGAACCCUGACCGGCGCUCCAGUGCGUUCACCCAGGGCAGCGUGUGCACCAGGCUGAGCCCCGCCCCCACGGUGACCACAUACGCUACCAGUAGGACCCCGAGCCCGAGCACGGCCAAGCCGACCACCUCCACCAGCAUCACCAGGUACCUGCCCGCUGUCCCCACAGCAACAGUGUGACAGAUGUUGUCUUCAUGGUGAUCAUGGAAAACAAGAAAAAUGAGAGUGGAGGUGGGGGAAUAACAGGGAUGGCAACAAGAUAAACAGCAGGAAAGAGAGUUUAUUAAAAGAGGAAAUGCCAACCUCCACUCUUCAACUACUGUCUGUAGCAGGCAGCUGAUCGUCCAAUGGGAGGCCUGGAUUCAGGCCUGGACUUGGUUUAGGGCUGGAGUCUAAGGCGACCUCGAUAGGACUCCACACUUGAGCCCUGUUUGUUGUUUCACGCCGCGGGGUGUCAUGAACAGGAUGCUCUAGCCACGUUGCUCUGUAACCAAUCAAAGGCCAAGGGUGUCUCCACAAAACUGUUUCCACAAACUAAAUCAGCAUCGAAUUAAAAACAAUUGCACAAUUGAUAGUGUAGCACGCAAGCCUCUUGCAACAACAAUCACAUCCAGAAAUUCCUUUAACAACUUUAGCUGACCCUUUUCUCUCAGUAUAAAACCAAAUCAGUGCUGUUGCCUUAUAGCGACCACUCCUCACAAUGAGUUUCUUGCCAUCUUUUUGUUGCCUUUUAGAUCCUUUAUUGAUUUACUGGACACCAGUUCAUUGAAUUGAUUACAAGGGGCAUUGGUGUCCAAGAGAUUUUUGUUUUUAAAGUGGAUGAAGCCAAAUGUAUAAUUGUAAAUGACGGUAUAAACUUGCCAAAAUACGACAGGGCAUUGCCUUCAAUCAUUUCCUGGAUGUUUAUGCCCCUUCACUUUAACGGCACAUGAGGUAAACUCUUGAUUCCCUGAGCCGAGCCGCUCAGUGUCUUUAAGUGCAUGAUGCCACUGCUGCAUUUCAGUCAUGUUUGCUGUCUGUUUCCCUGUGAUGCUUGACUUCCAGAUUCUUCCUCGUCAAAGUGUAGCAAUAAUGUCUCCUAUCUCAGCCCCUUUGCAUGCUGUAGCCAGCUGGAAUCCUUUUUUGACCUGAUAGUGUAUGUAGCCAAUAGAGUGUGCAUAGCUAGCCACACCAGUCUGUACCCCCGUGGAGUUGAAGCAUGACUUAGAAAACUUAUUUUCUGUAUUGUGCGAGUGUGAUUCCUUCCUCAUGGAAUUUAAAAAAGAAAAACUUUUUUUCCUUCUUCUUUAUUAAGAAAUAUUUUCUAUUGUUAAAAUAUUCCGUUCUACUAUUUUUAUGAACUAAAAGCUGCUUUGGUCAAGAUAAGAAAACUGCUGUUUAUGAGGAGACACCCAAACCUCCGUGUCUGACUUCCUCAUACAAAUCCAGAUGAUUUAUUUUAUGGUAUAGCAUGCUACUCACAGUAUGGCUUACCACAGCCAUUAACUCUCCUCUAAUCUGUUCUAGCAUGCACUGCCUGCAAGCCUGUGGCUCUUACAUGCAUGCUUUGAUGAAACAUUCAUACAGGCCGAGCAGCGGACACACGGUGACUCUGUUUUUAAUGUAGUCCUCAUGCAUGCGCUAAAGGUAGCGGUCCUCUUGAAUGUAAGGUGCUUUUUUGACCCGUGUCUUCUUCAUGAGCUUGGUGUGCGAACUUUUUCGAGGACAUUUUUCAGGAUGGUUUGACUUUGGGGCCGGGGGGCCCUCCUCCUCCUCCUGCUGUAGUCAACAGGUAGCUGGUUUUCAAAUGUGCCAACCUAUUUUCAUAAACAUAUCAAACUUUUUGGUGUUGAGCUGUAGCACAACUGAAUGUGUGGCUACGGUUAUUGUGGAUUUUCCUUUUGUUGAAUGCCUGUCUUUUUACUGUUUUGUAACUCAAUGAUGAAAUGAUGGCAAGUGUUGAUUUUUGGAGAGAUUUAUUUGGACACCACAACCUGACUGAAACAAUGUUGUCAUUCUUCUCAUAUUUAAAAUAGAUUUAAAGUCUAUAUAGUAGCUUGAAUGCUUACUUUGAGUUUCUAAUAGAUUUAAAAAAUGAGGAUUUUUAUACACUUGCUUUAAACAGUUGAUGGAAAGUUGAUGGAAAGAAGUAAUGUACAAUAUUUUUCCUGUAAAUUGGAUAUUUUCAUACUGUAUGAUACGGGUUUCAAUUGUUAUAUGUAGGUAUUACUUGCUAUUAUUGUACAUUGUAGAGUCUUUUUCAGAGAUAUAUAAUAUGAAUGAUCCAAUAUUUGUCAAGUUCUUUUGUUGAAGAUGUAUUUAUUGAGAUGUUUUAUGUGAAUGUAAAUUUUGUUAAAGAUGAUAUUUUAUACUAAGUGUUUGCACUGCGAUGAUAUGGACGUAUUAUCAUUAUAAAAAUAAAGCCAGCGGAGACGUGUCUCCUGGGGUUA